GGCAACGAGAGUCGGGUUUUAAAGGGCCGUUCGUUGGUCGGCACGUCGUUGCCUGCUGUCCCCAGAACGGGGCUUCUCGGGGCCGGCAGCAAUGGCGGCGUCGGUGGAAGAGUUUGUGUCCCGGCAAAUGGAGUUGCUAAAGGAGGAAAGAGAGGCCGAAAUUUCGGAAGCAAGAGCAUGGCAAGAAGGAAUCUCCCUGAAAGAGCUGCAGCGCAAAGGAGUUUGCUUACUGAAGCUUGAACUACAUUGUCAAAAAACUGGGCUAUAUGGCCAUCUGCUUGUAACUUUACAGCCGCAAAAACGUGGCUUAGACACAGAGUUACCUUCCAAUAGUUUUGGGCCUGGUGACAUAGUGGGACUUUAUGAAGCAGCUGGACAAAAUAAUCAGAUCUGCACAGGAAUUGUCACCCGGACAGCCUCCAAUUCAAUUACUAUCGCAGUUGAUGAGCCUCAGAGUAACCUUGUGAGUUUAGAUCAGGAGAAUUUGUACCGUCUGUUGAAACUUGCCAAUGAUGUUACAUACAACAGACUCAAAAGGGCUUUAAGUACACUUAAUCACUAUGGGUCUGGUCCAGCAUCUGAUCUUAUUGAUGUGCUGUUGUGUUCUUCUGAACCUAGUGGUGCCAGUGAUACAAAGCUUUUGAAGUUCUACGAUGAAUCCCUGGAUGCCUCUCAGAAGGAGGCUGUUUGCUUUUCAUUGGCACAGAAGGAACUUGCUCUCAUCCACGGACCACCUGGAACUGGCAAGACGACAACUGUGGUAGAGAUAAUACUCCAAGCUGUGGAGCAAGGCUUGAAAGUUCUCUGUUGUGCUCCCUCUAACAUUGCAGUCGAUAACUUGGUGGAAAGGCUCUCUGAUCAUAAGGUGCGGAUCCUGCGUCUGGGUCGCCCAGCUCGUCUCCUGGGGUCCAUACAGCACCAUUCACUGGAUGCUGUCCUGAUGCGUGGAGAUAAUGCCCAGAUUGUAGCAGAUAUCAGGAAAGAUAUAGAUCAAGCAUUCAUGAAAACCAGGAAGACCCAAGACAAAGGAGAGAGAAAACAUUUUUUUAAUGAAAUUAAGAUACUGAGAAAGGAACUGAAGGAACGAGAAGAAAUGGCUAUGUCUGAAACUUUGCAAAAAGCUCAUGUUAUUCUUGCUACGAACACAGGUGCUUCUUCUGAUGGUCCGUUGAAGCUUCUUCCCGAGAACCACUUUGAUCUUGUGGUGAUUGAUGAAUGUGCUCAAGCUCUUGAAGCAAGCUGUUGGAUCCCACUGCUGAAGGUUAGGAAGUGUAUCCUGGCUGGUGAUCACAAACAGCUGCCUCCCACAAUCAUCUCUCACAAGGCUGCUGCACAAGGUCUUUCUCUUAGCUUAAUGGAACGUCUGAUUCAGAAAUGGGGAGACCGUGUUGUGAAGAUGCUCACUGUGCAGUACCGAAUGCACCAAGCUAUAAUGCAAUGGGCUUCCACUGAGAUGUAUGACGGUCAUCUAUCAGCUCACUCUUCUGUUGCACAACAUUUACUGAAAGACUUGCCAGGAGUGGCCCCCACAGAAGAGACCAGUAUCCCAUUGCUGCUUAUAGAUACAGCUGGUUGUGGCUUAUUUGAACUUGAAGUGGAAGAAGAACAAUCUAGAGGAAACCCAGGUGAGGUACAGCUUACCAGUUUGCAUAUAGAUGCUUUGAUAGAAGCUGGUGUGAAAGCAAAAGAUGUAGCUGUCAUUGCUCCUUACAAUCUUCAGGUGGACAUGCUAAGAAAACAUCUGUAUCAGAAGUAUCCAGAGCUAGAGAUUAAAUCAGUGGAUGGCUUCCAAGGAAGAGAAAAGGAAGCAGUUGUUCUUUCUUUUGUAAGAUCCAAUAGAAAAGGUGAAGUGGGAUUCCUCGCCGAAGACAGGAGAAUAAAUGUUGCAAUUACCCGGGCCCGACGUCAUGUGGCUGUAAUCUGUGACUCUCGCACUGUUAGCAAUCACAGUUUUCUUAAACGGCUGGUGGAGUAUAUGAACACCCAUGGAGAAGUGCGCACAGCCUUUGAAUAUCUGGAUGAUAUUGUACCCGGAAACUACACUCCCAAGAGUUCUUUGGGUCCCCGUAACCAGGAAAAGAGACUUAAAUGCAACAUUGGUCCAGUCCCAAAGGCUCUUGGAGAGAAGCCAAAAGGAAGGCCUGCCCAAAAGCCUAAAGAGAGGCUAACAGAAUGUUCCCUGGAAAACACGGGCAAAGUCACAACAUCAAAAACCAAAGAGAAUGAAAACUCAUUUAAACAUAAAGCAAGAAUAUUGGAGUUUCUGGAUAGUAGUGAGGUCCAACUGGAUUUCCCUUCCUCUUUAAACGCUCACGAUAGAAUGCUUAUCCAUCAGUUGGCUGAAGAAUACGGGCUGCAGCACAUGAGCACAGGAGAAGGCAGCGCACGACACAUAAGUAUUCGUAGGAGAGAUUCUCCCACAGAAUUAUCUUUGGGAGGUACUGUAGUUUGUCAACCUGAAUUAAUUCAAGGCUGUCCAAAAGAAAUAGAUGCAGGCAGUGAAGAGAGGGAGAGCGGUGCUGGCCCAGGGGCCACAGACCUAAAAACGUUGCAUGUGGAACGGAUGAAAAGAGAGAGAGAGAAGAAAGAAGAGAGAGUGAAACAAAGCCGAGAAUCCAAUGUAAAUCUUCAGGAAAUAAUUGGAAAGAAAGAAAAAGAUGUUGGAGGAAAGGCAUCCAGUAAAUCCAAAAAGGAAAUUGAAGCCAAGGAAGAUUUUGAUGCUAUGAUCUCUGCGGCAAUUAAAGCAGACAACACAUGUGGCUUCUCCAAAUGUAAAGCCAGUGUAACAACCCUGGGACAGCUGUGCCAGCAUUGCAACAGACGCUACUGUCUCAGCCACCAUAUCCCAGAGGUUCACGGAUGUGGGGAGAAAGCCAAAGCAAAUGCCCGGCAGAGAAUCAGCAAGGAAGGGAUUCUCUAUCCUGGGAGUGGGAUGAAGGACAAGUCCUUGGAUCCUACCAAGAGAGCUCACCUCCAGAGACGCUUGGACCAGAAACUCAGUGAACUGUCCAAACAGCGAAAGAGCAAAAGGAAAGAUAGAGAGAAAUAACAGGAUGUGUGACUUUGGAAAGGAAUUAAAGCCAACAAGCUCUCCUUUAAAGCUUGUUCAACUUUGCAGGAAAAAAAAAAGCUAAUAAAAUAUUUGAACACUUGGGCUUCUUUUUUUUCUGUAUAACCAGAACGUGCUUUUGAAUGUCACAGUUCUCAGAGGACCCAACACUGCUUAAAGUUGCAUACUGAAAACCUUACCUGCAGAUUUUGAAAAAUGUGCUGGAUGCACCUUAUGCUGUAAAAUGUGUUUCUACCUCUCGCAUCAAGGUUAUAAAACCCUGUUGAUUAGGGGAGAAAAGCAGGCUGCUUUGGCUUUCAGUAAUUACUUUUGCUGGAAGUGUAAUCAAAUAUACAGUGAAUAGUUAAAUAGGCAGCUACGCAAUAAAGAGGGAAGUUUCAUUAAGAGCAUGAAUCAGUGAAAGAAAGAAACAUAGGGAUGCAACGUGUUUGUGAAAAUGAUAGGAAGGAAAAGGAUAUUAUAAAUCUGGAUGAAGGCGAACUGAUAUUGUGGAGUAGAGCUCAUAAAUUAAUAUAUGUGAGAAAGUGAAGCUGUAGAUUUAAUUAUGAAAAAGCUAUAAUAUAUGUGUUGAUAUGAUCUAGAAUAGGGGUGUCACACUGAAGGCCCAUGGGCCAGAUCAAGUCCAUGGGGUGCUUGGAUCUGGCCCAAACAAUGAAGGACUGGUCCAUGAUGCUUCUACCAGACCCUCCUGGGCUCCAUUUUUACUGGCAGAGGCUGCAGGAUGUCAAGCUGCCCACGCCCACCCAAUGCAGCCACACCCACUCAGCCCCCCAAGGUCAAACAUAACCUUGAUGUGGCCCUCAAUGAAAUUGAGUUUGACACCCCUGAUCUAGAAUAUUGCUGCAUAUGCAAGAAGAAAAUAGUUUGAUCAUAAUUUCAUGAUACUCUUCAUCAAUGUUUAUAGUGGAAGAGCCAAGGAUGAGCCUGGGGGAAAACGUGUGACCUGAAUCAAUCUGAGAAAGUGCAGAAAAAAAUUAGCCUGCUAGUCGAUAGGAAUGAAUGAGUGAGAAAAAGAUGAAAGAGUGCAAUAAAAGUUAAAUGGGCUACUUGGAGACCCAGAAAUGAAUGGGAGCUGUUUUGUGACCAUUUACUUAGAGGAACUUGUGCUUUAAGUGGUAUGUGUUUUAAUAUGUAUUUUUCUGUAGACAUUGAAAAGCAAUUAACCCUUUUGGAUGGUGAUUUUGAUUCUGAUAAAAGAUUGAGAGGUUUUGUGAAGUAUACAAAGAUAAUAGAAGCUUCUGACUGAGAGACAGACUAUAAUGUCACGAAUGGAUCUUGGGGAGUAGAAGAAAAUGCAAAUAGAAAAAAAGGAAAAUAAAUGAGUGGAAGUAGAAUGAGUAAGGGAAAAGUACAAAUCCUGAAUGAAGAAUUAUUUGUACAUUAAUUAUGCUCUCAAGAGAAUUAAUAGAAAGUAGACACAAGCAAUUUGGAAAAGAAUAACCAAUAUAAAGUUACCGUACAAAUGCUACAGAAAUAUAUGCAGUUACACUAAUGUGUAUUAAAAAGGAUGCUUGAAUCAUAAUGAAUGGGGUGAACAAAACAUUGCAUAUAAGAGAAUGAUUGCUGCAAAAAUGAGAAUGAACAAAGUAUAUUUUAUGAUGUGUACAGACACAAGAGUGUACCAAAGAAUAUGAAACAAAGGGCUGAAUUAAGGUAGAAGGAAAGAAAAUGAAGACGAAUUUUUACUGAAAUAAAACUUUGUUUUAGAAAUAGGUGAAAAACUGAACAAGAAGCAUCCAGCAGUAAAUGAAUUAACCAAUAGAAGAGAAUAUAUGUAGCUACAGGUUGAACUGUGGAGUCCUUGGUGCUCUCCGAGGUUGGUUGUUUGCUUGCAGACAUUAAAUAUGAAAAUGAGGAACUGAAUUGGAAUAUACUUGAAGUGAGGAAAUAUUGAAGUAGGGUUAUGGAGAUUUAUAUAGUGAUAUAGUGAAGAGUGGAAUUAAAAUGAAUGUUAGUGUCAAGGGAAGGGAAGGGAAAGGAAAAAGAGAAAUGGGCUAUAAAUGCAGGUGGAAUUACUGGAGAGUUUAAAAUAUGGAUGUAGUUUUAUUAUGGAGUGUCUGUGACUUCCUUAAUAUGAUUCUUUGAAAAGUGCUAAAAAGAAUGCAAAGAAGUUUUAGUUUAUAAAGUGUAAGUAAAAAAGUGCUUGGCAGAUUAUCGACUGAAAAUGUACUGAGGUGAUAAUGAGCAAAAUUAGAGAAGAGUCUUGCAGUUUUAUGCCAAUAAGGUGUAGACCAGAUAUUUGCUCCUCAGCAAUUAACUAAUAAGUGUAUGAAUGUGACGUAAAAAGCCUAUUAAAUAUUAGUUGAUUUCCCAUCAUAGGCUUGAAUUAUGAAGUGCUUUGUAUAAAAUAGUGAAGUUGCUUACUAAAUACCAUAAAAGCAGUGUAUAAUGGAACUAAAGUAUGUGUAAGAAUAAAUGAUUCAAUACUGAGCAGGGAGUAAGACAAGGAUUGUGAUGUCCUACUGUUUGUUUAUAUGUAUUUAUGGAUAAAUGUAUAAGGAAGACUUGUACUAUUGGUUGGGAAUGUAAAUGUGCAUUUUUGUUUGUCAAAGGCUAAGAACUAGAAUAAUGUGAGGCUAAUAUCAGAUAUAUUCUAUGAUGCAGUAAGGAGUAUGAAAAUUAAUGCAAUGAAGUAGUAUUUAUUUUUAAAAGGUAUGAACAAUAGCAAACAUAAAUGAUAAAAAAUAUUUGCCAGAUAAA